CCUAAAAUCAACCAUGCACCAUGAAACACUCUUUGCAAAAACUGAGCGAAAACAUACAGAAUGAAGAAGAAGAUGAUGGUAAUGCAAGCUCCACAUGCAAGAUUUGCAUCGAACCCAUCUCAACACACAACAAAUUCCACAACAGUAAUCAUUGUGCUCACGCCUUUUGUGUAGACUGCAUAGCCAAAUAUAUUGAACUCAGGGUCGAAGAUCACGAAGCGAUGAUAGGGUGCCCCGAAUUGAACUGCAAACAAGUUUUAGAUCCUCUAUGGUGCAGGACCAUCAUCUCAGAAAGUGUAUUUGCAAAGUGGUGUGACGUUCUGUGUGAUAAUUAUGUUUUAGGGUUUGAGAGGAGCUAUUGCCCUAAUAGGAAUUGCAGGGAGUUGGUGGUGAAUGAGUGCGGUGGGGAGGUAAAGAAAAGUAAGUGUCCAAAUUGUAAGGAGUUGUUUUGUUUUGGGUGUAAGUUGAGAUGGCACGCAGGGUAUGGAUGUGAACAAAGCAGAAACUUGAGGGACCCUAAUGAUAGUUUGUUUGGGCAGCUUGUGGAGAGAAACGCCUGGGUUGUUUGUCCUGCUUGUGGAUAUUGUCUUGAACGCGCAAAUGGCUGUAACGUUGUCAAAUGCAGUUAUUGCAACACCUUGGUCCAAAAAAACAGUGGAUAUGAAUAA